GGAGCACAAACAUGGCUGCAUAGUGGCUUCAAACCAGCCCCUGGGAUUAAUCUAAGGUUUAUACUCAUCGUUGCCUCCAUCCCAUCUGUAAUAACCCUUGUGUGAAUGAGAGCAUAUUGGUGGUGUGAGGAGCCUGUAGCACUCACUUCACCAUAUAGGCCUGUUCGUUGAUUGUCCAACAUUCAUAUCUAGUUAUAUUUUGCCAUGUAGGCUAUAAGGGCCAAGUGGGCUACUGGGAUAGGUCAUCAUUUUUUAAGAUGCAUUUUAAUUACAGUAGGCUAACAAUGACCAGAUCUGAUCUGUGGUCAAGCCACACCACAAGCAUAACAUCUCUAGGCUAUAGGCCUAGUCUUGAUGGUUGGAUAUUUCCAGAGAUUACAAGAAAAUCCUUAUUAGGCUUCUGAAUUGCAAAGCCAAUUUGAGUUGCCUAUUGUAAUUGUCUGAGGCUGUGUUAUGCUACUUAAGCAUUUACCACAGAGCAGGCCUCAAAAUGGAUGACAUCCCCCUCUUCCCCCUCCCUGCCAUCAGUGAAAGAAUAGCUUCUGACCUCAGCCAUCGUCUCCCUCACUUUGUUUUGUUAAGAUGGAGGUUUGUAUCCAAACCUAAAAAAGAUCAUUUGCAUAAGUCUCAAACCUUCUGAUAACAGAGUUUUGGAUGGUGUGCAAAUUGAGAUGUUUCUCUUGGGAUGCACGUAUGGGUUAGACUGGGUGAAGGUAUUCAAUGUAUUCAGCCCUGGAAGAGGGAUCUGUCAGGAUGAGCUACUGUUCUCUGUCUCUACUCCUGGGUGAGUGAACUGAUAUUUCAGUAUUUUAUCCCAAAUGAUCACCAUCUAGUAUUACUGUCUGCCCUUGACUUUGUGUCUUCUCCUUCCUUUCAGGUUCUCUGUUCAUCAUUGGGACUUCCUCUUAUCCUAAUGGUUCCUGUGAUGGCUACACGGCUCUGGAUGAGCCUCGACGUAACUAUCUCUUCAGCUCUUCCUCUAUCCCCGGCUACCCCAUCAAUACCGACAUACAGCGAACAAACAUAUGGGUGCGCUACGUCGGGAUCGGAGGGGACACCGUCAUUCCACAAUGUGCUCCACUCUAUUACAGCGGGGUAUAUUAUCCCAUCCAUCUGACCUUUACACAUCCUCAGUCUGAGUCUGAGACUCCAACUACGGGCAACGCAUGUGGAAACACAGGUUCCUGCUGUAAUUACAAUGUAGCUAUUCAAGUGAUCUACUGCUCUUCUGGAGGAUUCUAUGUGUACAGGCAGAUGAACAACCACCCAAUCGACUACAUGGGUUAUGUGACAUACCAUAGGAACUGUGUGGCAGACUCCUGCGGUCCCCUUGCAGAGUGUAGUACAACCAAAAAUGGAGGCUGUCAAUGUGUCUCUGGAUACAAGAUACCUCCAAAACAUCUACCCACAAACGAAUCCUACGGUUGCCAAGAUAUCAAUGAGUGUGAGGAGACCGCUAAUCUCUGCGGUCCACAUUCCAACUGUACUAAUUCACCAGGAGUCUACAACUGUAGCUGUCUAGAGGGGUUUGUACCCUCAGACCCAGCCUUGGCACUCAACCCAACCCGCAACCCCUGCACAGAUGUGAAUGAGUGUGUGGAGAUUGAGAAGGUUUGUGGUGGUUUUGGUAAAUGUACAAACACACCAGGAAAUUACACCUGCACCUGUUACAAUGGAUACAAGCCUGACGGACCCUUCGACUGCCAAGAUAUUGACGAGUGUUUCAACUCAACCAUCUGUGGUCAGGAGUCUGUCUGUACCAACACACCAGGAGCCCACAACUGUACCUGUCUCCUAGGCUUCUCACCCACAAACCCAGUCCUAGACCCCAGCAAGGCCAACCCCUGUAUAGACAUUGAUGAGUGUCUGAACAAAACCGUGUGUGGUCCCGAUGCCAACUGUACCAACUCUUAUGCAGCACACAGCUGUACCUGCCUCUUCGGUUACCUGCUCACCAGCCCAGAUGCCAUAGCCAGCCCCUUAAACCCAUGCCUAGACAUAGAUGAGUGUGCUAACACCCCUGGUCUAUGUGGUCUCCACUCUGUGUGUACCAAUGCACCAGGGACCUUCCACUGUUCCUGUGUGGAAGAAUACUACUCCUCCACUGGAGUACUGUGGGAAACUGACGUCACUGUGUGUGAAAGUGUUGAUGAUGUUCUAGCCGCCAUAGUUCCCCCAGAGGGCCAGUCUAAGGAGAUGUACUUCCUCAACCAGAUGAACCAACAGCUGAUGGAGAACCCUGAUAUUGUCCUACCAGAGGGGUCAGUGACAAACAGCCUCUCGACAGCCCUGAAGGUGUCAGGAGCGGGAACCAUCUCAGCGCAGCAGGCCAGUACAGGCCAGGGGUGGAGUGGGGCUGGAAAGGAUGGUGGGGAGUCUGGCAGUGUGGUCCUGAAGAUCUCAGUGCUCCUGGUGAAUGCCUUAGUGGACCCUUCUCAGGGCCGGGUCAACAAAACCAUACACACACCUGAGCUGGACAUUAGUCUGCAGGUAAUGGAGGCCAACAGUACAGACACCUCUUCCCUCUCAGCCAGGGGAAACACCAUGGACAUCAACCUAAAGGCUCUGGCCAGAAACAAUAAUGGUACAGCAUCAGCAGUAUUCCUGACAGUCAGUGGGAUGGAGAGCCUUCUGGGUGCUAGCUUCUUGCAGACAGAAAACCACACAGAGAUGUUGUCUGAUGUCAUCACCGCCACACUGCCCAAGAUCAACCACACCCAGCUCUCUGAGCCUGUCAACUUCACCAUGAGCCACAAGAGGAGGUUGGCUGAGCCUGGCCUGAUGACCUGUGUGUACUGGGAGGACAGAGGAAUGGAAUAUGAGAAUGGAACCAAGGGGAGGCAUUGGUCAGUGAACGGCUGUUGGGUUGUGUUCUCUGAUGAGAACUACACAGUGUGUAGCUGCUCUCACCUCUCCACCUUUGCCCUCAUCAUGCAGACAGGGGAGACUGUGUCGGAGGACAAUCCCUUCCUAGAGUGGGUGAACAGAAUGUGUGUGAUCGUGGGCCUGGUCUUCUUUGCUCUGGCCAUCCUCACCUUCCUGCUGUGUAGCUGGAACCCUAAGAUCAACAACACAGCCCGCCUCCACCUCUGCCUCUGCCUCUUCCUGUCCCAUCUGCUGCUGCUAUUGGAUUACACCUACCUCACUCACAAGCUGGUGUGCUCCAUCAUGGCAGGUCUCCUCCACUUCCUGGUAGUGGCCAGUUUCCUGUGGAUGCUGCUGGAGGCGCUCCAGCUCUACCUGCUGGUCCAGAGACUCUCUAGGAUCCAGGUCAUCCAGAGGGAAGGCCUCCAGAAGAAAUACCUCUUCCUGAUUGGCUAUGGCAUCCCCCUGGUGAUCGUGGGUGUGUCUGCAGCUGUGAAACGUGACGGCUAUGGGGGAUCUAAAGUAUGCUGGCUGAAGCCAGAACAAUACUUUACCUGGGCUGUGUUAGGGCCAGUGUGUACUGUCCUAGCACUGAACUGGAUAUUGUUCUGCGUUACAAUCUGGAGUUUGAGACCUACCUUGGCUAACAUGAAGAGUGAUGUCUCACAGUCCAAAGACACCAGACUUAUCAUCUUUAAGAUCCUGGCACAGUUUGUGAUCCUGGGUUGUACCUGGGUGCUGGGCUUGUUCCAGUCCACCAUGGUCUUCAAGUACCUCUUCAUCGUGCUCAACUCCCAGCAGGGCACCUUCCUCUACAUCGUUCACUGUCUCUUCAACAAGGAGGUACGUGAUGAGUACAGGAAGUGGCUGGGCUGUUCUUCCAGCUCCUCUACUCCAGACUCUAUGAAAGAAGCACCUUCCGUCUCUGAAGACCUGGACAAGGCUGGUGAAGAGAGACAAAACAAAGGAACACGGCCAGGAUGAGAGCAACAUGAUACGAUACCAUCAGACCUUCAAAGCAUUUCAGCACAGUGGGCCUCCACGGUAUAUCUUUCAAUGCACACUGUACACACUAAGUAUGAGAGAGAGAGAGAGAGAGGUGUGUUUAUAUGGAUGCUAAUGACUCAGAAAACACAGCCUGACCUUUUGUAUUUACUAAUAUUUCCUUUAUCUACAUAAAACAAUGUUUUAUUAGCCUGCAAAUGUAUUUAUAGAAUUUCAUAUUUAUAAAUUAUAUACACAGUAGUUACAGCAUAUUUACCUGUGUGCAAAAUAAACAAAUGAAAAUGUGUAGGUUGCAGUUGUUUAUAUAUAAAUAAAUAACUGCGUCUCUACCUGCUUUGAGUCUAGCGUUUACCAUUGGAUUGUCCGUCAGGGACAAUAAAGUUUUAUUCAAUGGAAUCCCUGUGGCUGAGCCCAGAUAAGAAAGUCCCGGUCAGCUGCAGUCUGAAGUGUUUUGAGAGCAUAGCGACUGGGUUUCCAGACAGAUGGCACAGGAGGGGUGAGGAGAGGACAGGAGGGCAUCCUCUCAGAGCUAUAAUAAAAUAGCUGGAAGAGACCCACGGUUGGAGACAGACAAUACUGUGCUUGCAUACUGUUGUAAUGCCCUCUUUUCACCACACGGUGACAGCACCUAAUCAUCAAUGCUCUUGCUCUCAUUGGAGUCAGGAGUUAAAGUGAGGACACAGGUCUUCUGUUGAUGGAGAGAUACCAUUGGGUGAAGGCCUUUGUUCCAGCCAUGAUUCAAAUUGAUUAACAAAUAAUGAAAACCUGGUGGGGUUGUAGGGAGAGAGAGAAAGACAUACAUUUGGAGAUGGAUAGAUAGAUGUCAGGACAAGUCAACUGGAGGAGGAGAUAGAGAGGCAUACAGAGAUGGAUGGAAAUAAAGGGAGAUUCCCAGACGGGUGAAUGCAGCCGCAGGAGUGAAAGAGAGUACAAUAGGG